UCCAUUGGCCGCGGCCGCGCCGGGAGCUGCGCGUCGGCGGAAGCGCGACGGGCCGGGCGGCGAGAGAGGAGGGAGCCGUGUGUCCGCCCCGCCGGGCCCGCCGCCGCGCCGCUCCGCACGAUGGGCUCCCGCGCGGGCUGAGCCCCGCCGUGACGGAAAAAUGAGUGGUGGGUUGGCACCAAGCAAAAGCACCGUGUAUGUGUCCAAUUUACCCUUUGCUUUGACUAACAAUGAUCUGUAUAGGAUAUUUUCAAAGUAUGGGAAAGUUGUCAAAGUUACCAUUAUGAAAGACAAAGACACCAGAAAGAGCAAAGGAGUUGCCUUUAUUUUGUUUUUGGACAAAGAAUCUGCACAAAACUGUUCUCGGGCACUUAAUAACAAACAGUUGUUUGGAAGAGUAAUAAAAGCAAGUAUUGCCAUAGAUAAUGGAAGAGCAGCAGAAUUCAUUCGCAGGCGUAACUACUUUGACAAGUCUAAGUGUUACGAAUGUGGGGAAGCAGGACACUUAAGUUAUGCUUGUCCUAAAAAUAUGCUAGGGGAGCGGGAACCACCAAAAAAAAAAGAAAAGAAGAAGAAAAAGAAAACAGUGGAGCCACAAGAAAUUGAGGAAGAAGAAGAAAGUGAAGAGGAAGGAGAAGACCCUGCUCUAGAUAGCCUCAGCCAAGCCAUAGCUGUUCAGCAAGCCAAAAUUGAGGAAGAGCAACAAAGAUGGACACAGAAUGCAGGGGAAUCUUCAAUUUCAGAUGAUUCAAAACGUCCACGGAUUAAAAAAAGUGCUUAUUUCAGUGAUGAGGAAGAACUCAGCGACUGAAAUAAUACUGUUCUAAAUGCAUAGAUAAGAUAUAUAUAGUGUACAUUUUGUAAAGUGCUACAAAGUGAUCUGUAAUACAGGUUUGUUCUGGUGUUGGAAGACACUGAAAAUCGUGUGGUUGUUUUUUUUAUUCUGUCCCCUGACUCUUCCCAUCUUUUUAUAUCUGUGUCUCAAAACCUUACCUUUCAAGGCAACGUUUUAAGAAAAUAAUGUGAUUAUACCCUUAACUCCAAAACAGUGUCUGUAAGAAUGCAUCUUGCAGUUAGUAUCUAGACCCAAGUCCUAGCAGUGAAGUGUUUCAUGAGAGAAUUUCCCAAGGCUUUUUUCCAAAGAGGAGUUCCUCUUAGGAUGACUGCUAACACCACUGAUGCUUUAUGUACUUGUCUGUUCGGAAGCAGCGCUUUAGUAAUACUUAAGUAGAAUAUGAAACUUGCAUUAAUUGAGUUUCAGCUUUAAGCAUUGUCUUUUUACUCUUCGUGCAGUACUAUAAUAAAUUAUUGUCACAUCAA